AAGAGUGUGUACGUGAUUCCUACCCUUUACCUCCACUUGACAGUGAAGUCACGUUGAGUUGAUCCAUUGAUCGGAUCGUUAUUGUGCUGUUUUAGCUGAUUGAGGAGGUUAAAAAAAAAAAAAAAAGUCGGAACGAUGUCGGGCCAAUCUAUCACGGAUCGGAUCACAGCAGCGCAGCACAGCAUGACCGGGUCGGCUAUCAGCAAGGCUGUGUGCAAAGCGACCACGCAUGAAGUGAGCGGACCCAAGAAGAAACACCUGGACUAUCUGAUCCACUGCACCAAUGAGAUGAACGUGAACAUUCCCCAGCUGGCUGACACGCUGUUUGAGCGCACAGCCAACUCCAGCUGGGUGGUGGUCUUCAAAGCCCUUAUCACCACCCACCACCUCAUGAUGUACGGCAACGAGCGUUUCAUCCAGUACCUGGCCUCCAGGAACACACUGUUUAACCUGAACAACUUCCUGGAUAAAGGAGCUCUGCAAGGUUAUGACAUGUCAACCUUCAUCAGGCGAUACAGUCGCUACCUGAACGAGAAGGCUAUGUCCUACAGACUGGUGGCUGUGGAUUUCACCAAGAUGAAGAGGGGUAUUGAUGGCGUGAUGCGCACCAUGAACACAGAGAAGCUGAUCAAGACGCUGCCCAUCAUCCAGAACCAGCUGGACGCUCUGUUGGAUUUCCAGGCCAACCCUAAUGAGCUGACCAACGGCGUGAUCAACUCAGCCUUCAUGCUGCUCUUCAAGGACUCCAUAAGGCUGUUUGCUGCUUACAAUGAAGGGGUCAUCAACUUACUGGAAAAGUACUUUGACAUGAAGAAGAACCAGUGUAAAGAUGCUCUGGACAUCUACAAGAAAUUUCUUUACAGGAUGACGAAGCUGUCAGAGUUCCUCAAAGUGGCAGAGCAAGUUGGAAUAGAUCAGGGUGACAUCCCAGAUCUCUCACAGGCUCCCAGCAGCCUGCUGGAGGCUUUGGAGCAGCACCUUGCCUCUCUGGAGGGCAAGAAGACCAAGGAGUUGAAUGCAGACACCAGAGCAUCCACCCUGUCGAACGCCGUUUCAUCUCUCUCCUCCACUGGCAUGUCUUUCACCCGCAUGGAUGAGAAGGAGAAGCAGCAGGCCUUGGAGGAGGAACAGGCCAGACUGCAGGCUCUUAAGGACCAGCGCCUGAAGGAGAUCAGCAUGCAGACUCCACCCUCAGCAUCCCCCAGCAGCCAGUCGAUAGGCAGCACCAACAACAACAACCACGUCACGCAGACCCCAGAGAUGUUCAGCUCCACGCUGUCCACCAACAGUGUGCCCAAUCUGAACAGUGACCUGUUUGAUCUUCAGCCGGCCUUCAUCCCCGCUGUGCAGAGCACUCCUUCCAUCUCCAACGCCAACAGUGCCUGGGGAGGACUGGAGAGCCAGCCUCUGCAGCAGACCGUCCCCGCCAUGACCGUAGAUUUCGAUGCUGUGUUUGGGAAUAAGGCCACACCCAGUAACAACGGCCCGCAGCCUGCAGCUGGUUUUGAUGCUCUAGGAGACCUAUUAAAGCCUACAGUUCCCACACACACCGUACCUCCGCCACCUCCCCCUCAACUGGCCAUCCAUCCUGGAGGAAAGCUGCUAGCCAACGACCUCGACUCGUCUCUAGCCAACCUCGUGGGCAAUCUGCAGUUUGGUGGGACCCCUGCCAAAAAGCCAGAGAUGCAGUGGAGCCAGCCUGGAGAGAAGAAGCUGACAGGUGGCCAAAACUGGCAAAAUAAGACCAUGUCGACCACACAGUGGAGUCCAGCGCCCAUGGCCCCACAGCCCAUGCCUGUACCACAUGUGAAUGGAAUGUUCUAUACUAGUUAUGCUCCAGCUCCCAUGGCUUUCCCCAUGACCACACCGCAAGUGCCUGUGUAUGGAAUGGUUCCUCCCCAGAUGGGUCAGAUGGGUGGGGUGCCUGUGAUGGCUCCACAGCCAAUGAUGUACAACCAGCCUGUUCUCAGACCCACUAACCCCUUUGCACCCAUCCCCGGAGCCCAGAUGCAGUUUAUGUAAUCCAGUCAGGAGGGGGAAGCAGAGUGCCAAAAGCGACAUACAAACAGCAUACAAAAACCACAAGAGGACGAUGAUCAGAUGGACAGAAGGAUGAUUUGAUCAAGCUAAAACGACAGACUGACACAAGAUAACCGGGCUGACACCAAAACUCAAGUUGGAAAGGGGAAGAGAAGAUGAUGAAACGGAGGGACUGAGCGAUGGAGGGGUGCGAUGGGGAAGAUGUCAUCCUGGCCAGUUGUUGUCUGAAACUACUCCUUGUGCAUGUGUGUGUGUGUGUGUGCGUAGCUUCUCUGUUUAU